CCAACCCGGACAGAUCCCCAGAUGUCCUUUGUUGGGAUGCUUGAGUCGGUGACCGGGGGUGUAGAUUACGCAGUGCCAUUUUCCAGGUUCUUCGUCACAGCUCCACUUCCACUUCUCGCACCCCAUUCAUUUGGGGUAACUAGCAACUGCCGAAUUCACUCUAUACGACGACUCAAUAAGUAAAUAAGAAGUGCCGAAUACGAAUGCACUCUUCAGCCUACGGGUGACUUCCAGUGCGCUGCUGUACUUUGUCCGUUUUCGCUUCUCGGUUCUUCUUUCAGGCAAUAGGACAACCCGCCCAUGCUCACUCUUGUCUCCUUCGUCAGCAAUAACCCCAAUCGCACCAUUCCCGCCUCUCGACAUGGCGUCUUCCGAGAUCGAAAAGCCUACGGCUGAGCGCGCCGAAAACAUUCAUCCUGAGAAGCAUAUUCAUAAUGCAGCCGAGCGAGGCUUUGCCGCCACAGACAGAUAUGGCGUCUCCCUUGUCCAGUUCGACCCGGCUGCCGAAAGCCGCCUUCGAACGAAGCUGGACCUCUACGUCUGCCCCACGGUGGCAUUUCUCUACCUCUUCUGUUUCAUCGAUCGCGCCAACGUUGGAAACGCGAGGCUGGCCGGUCUCGAAACGGAUCUGGGCAUGGUCGGAACUGACUACAACACCCUGCUGUCGGUCUUCUAUAUCAGCUACAUCCUCUUUGAAAUCCCGUCCAACAUCACCUGCAAGUGGCUUGGCCCCGGCUGGUUCAUCCCUAUAAUUUCACUCUGCUUUGGAAUCGUAUCACUUGGGACAGCUUUCGUCAACAGUCUGAGCCAAGCAUGCGGCGUGCGAUUUAUCUUGGGAGUUUUCGAGGCGGGUAUGAUGCCGGGGAUAAGUUAUUAUCUUUCGCGAUGGUACCGGAGAUCCGAGUUGGCGUUCCGGCUUGCCCUCUUCAUUGUCAUGGCCCCCCUAGCAGGCGCCUUUGGCGGUCUCCUCGCAUCCGGUAUCCUAAGCCUUUCCCAUUUCGGAGGGCUCCAUCGGUGGAGAAUGAUCUUCGCCGUGGAAGGAAUCAUCACGAUCGGCCUCUCGCUCAUCUCAUUCUUCACCCUCACCGACCGACCUGAGACUGCGCGAUGGCUCACCCAGGAGGAGAAGGACCUUGCAAUCGCACGAGUCAAGUCGGAGCGCGUCUCUCAAACCCGAGUCCUGGAUAAAAUCGACGGCAACAAGAUCAAGCGCGGCAUUUUCAACCCCAUGGUACUCGCAACUGCCUGGCUCUUCAUGUUCAACAACAUCACCGUGCAAGGCUUGGCCUUCUUCGCGCCCACCAUCGUGGCUACCAUCUACCCCACUGCCACGACAGUCCAGAAGCAGCUCUACACGGUGCCACCUUAUGUCGUGGGCGCAUUCUUCACCCUUUUGAUUCCAUACCUAAGUUGGAAAACGGAUAGACGGCAGAUCUUCUUUGUUCUGUCCACGCCGCUAGUCAUCGUCGGUUACAUCAUGUUCCUUGCAUCCACGGAUCCCAAGGUCCGCUACGCGGGCACGUUCUUGCUCACCAGUAGCACGUUCGCCAUCGGCCCGUUGUCUAACGCACAGGUCGCGGCGCAAGUGGUCAGCGACACAUCGCGCAGCGUGGCCAUCGGGAUGAACGUGAUGUGUGGAAAUGUUGGAGGGUUGAUUGCCACCUGGUCCUAUUUGGCGUGGGAUGCGCCCAACUACCAUGUCGGCAAUGGAAUCAAUCUGGCGGCAGCUUCACUGAUUCUUCUCUUCAGUACGCUGACUUUAUUUUGGAUGAAAUGGGACAACAAGCGGCGCGAUGGGAAGGACAUCGAUCAGGAGCUGGAGGGAAUGAGCCAAGAGGAGAUAGAGUCACUCGAGUGGAAGCAUCCGGCUUGGAGAUGGAAACCUUGAAUAUAAAUAGGUCUCCGAUGGCAGGGCAGGGUCAACCGAUAUCUGGCGUGGAUUUGUGGUUCGCGAGGAACGCAGAGACGAGAAAAUAGAGCAUCGUGAAGCCGAUUCUAUCUGUGUGGAACAGGCUUGCGUUGGGUGAAGCCAAUAUCAUUUGAAUGCCAC